AUGACUGGGAGAAGGAACAGUACAAUGAUUAUAAAGUUCAUUCUCUUGGGAUUCUCUGAAUUUCCAAAGCUCACCAUUGUCCUCUUUUCAAUAUUCCUAGGGAUCUACCUGAUGACAGUGGCCUGGAAUGUGGGCCUCAUCAUUCUCAUCAGGACUAACUCCAAUCUGCACACACCUAUGUACUUUUUCCUCAGUUACUUGUCCUUGUUGGACAUAUGCUAUGUUUCUACUACUGUCCCCAGGAUGCUCUCAGACUUCUUCAUGAAGCACAAAUUCAUCUCUUUUAUGGGGUGCACCAUGCAAUACUUCUUCUUCUCUGGCCUGGCUCUGACUGAAUGCUGUCUCCUGACAGCCAUGGCUUAUGACAGAUAUGCUGCCAUUUGUAAUCCUCUGCUUUACACAACCAUCAUGUCCCCCACCCUCUGUGUGCAGAUAGUGGCAGCAUCUAGUGUAACUGGAUUCUUUGGCUCAUCUAUCCAAGUGUGUGCCUUACUUCAGCUGCAUUUCUGUGGGCCAAACAUCAUCAACCAUUUCUUUUGUGACUUGCCCCAGCUGCUAAUCCUAUCCUGCUCUGACACCUUUUUUUUCCAAGUCAUGUUGUCUGUGAUCACAGUAAUAUUUGGGGUCUCAUCUGCCCUCAUUAUUAUGAUAUCCUAUGGUUAUAUUGUUGCCACCAUUCUGAAGAUCACUUCAGCUGAAGGCAAGUCCAAAGCCUUCAACACCUGUGCUUCUCACCUGACCGCAGUGACCCUCUUCUUUGGCUCAGGUAUCUUUGUUUAUCUGUAUCCUAAUUCUGGCGAUUCUCUGAGUCAAAACAAGUUGGCAUCAGUAUUAUACACUGUUGUAAUCCCUAUGCUAAAUCCAUUGAUCUACAGCCUGAGGAACAAGGAAAUCAAAGGUGCCCUAAACAGAUGGAAGAAGAGAAUCUUCUUCUGCUGUUACUAA